UUUCAAUUGAACCAGAGUUCCCCCCCCUUUCUUCCCUGUGUCCCUCCCUGUUCUCCCCAGCCGAGAAGGAGGACUUGGGUGCCGGAGUCCUAAGGAAAUGGAUCUUGGCACUUUUUGUUUUGUUUUGUUUUUUGCUCUUUUGGCUGUUUUCGCCCUCCCUGUGCUUAAAGGGAAACCCCCAUCCAUUCCUUCCGCCUUUCCUUCCUCCCUCCCUCCUGUCCUGCCUGCCUCUCUGUCCUCCAGGAAGCUCGGACCGGGGGGGCUCAUUGGGAUAUCUGCUUUUCCAGGCCAGAGGGCUGGCCGGCUUCUGUUCCAGAGUGAAUUUGGGGAUUUGCUCCACGAGCUGCUGCUGAACUUCCAAUGCGGUGAAGACUGGAAUUUCACAGCAGGAAUGACUCAGGUCUGUCCAGCUAAUUGAAGAUGUAGGCCGGGCUGACACCUGCUCCUCCCAGGAGAAGCUGUUAAGCAAUAGCGAAAUAUGGCAGAAGCCGUUCUGAUUGAUCUGUUUGGCCUGAGACGGGGUUCCCAGAUAAUCUGCCUUCAGAGGGUCCUGAGGGCCCCGGGACUGACUGGAAGCCUCGGAGACUCCGAAGCCCCCUUCCUCUGUGUGAUGUGUGGCCCAGAUCCCGGUGGCGAGAAUGGAGAUGAGCAAAAUCGACUGCUCGAAACGGUGGGUGGUCUCCAACCGCUCCAAAGGAGAUUUGAGAUUGUGAGCGGGCCGUGCGAAGCCGCCGUCUUGUACGCGAUUAAACAGAGACUUGACGCGGAGGACGUGAGCCGCGUUAAAAUCAUCACGCCGGUUCCCAGGAGGGCGAUAAUGGAGGCUUUUGUCGAUCAGCUCUUCACCGAUGUUUAUCGGUUUGAGUUUGAAGAGUUACAAGUUAAUACGGAAGGAAAACCUCUGCCCCGGCCCAUGGGAAAAAAACCUCUCUCUGCCCAAGAACUGGAAGACGUCAGGAGUGACAUUGAGACCUAUUUGGGCACCUUGCCAGGGCUGAAAGGAGAAUUAACAAUUCUCAAGUCUUACUUGAUCCCAGAAGAUACUUUCAUACAUGGAUUCACCACCAGGGCAGGUGGAAUAUCGUAUAUACCAACCCUCAGCUCUUUCAAUCUCUUCAGUAGUUCGAAAAGGAGAGAUCCCAAGGCUGUAGUGAAGGAGAACCUACGCAGAUUGGCUAAAGCUGCCGGAUUUGACCCAGAAAAAUUUCACCAUAUAAAGACUGAUCACGCCAGUGGUGUGUGGAUCUUGGGGAAGGAGGAGCCUGAGUGCUAUGAUGGAAUUACGACCAAUGAGAGAGGAGUUACCCUAGCGGCCCUGGGAGCUGACUGCAUACCCUUGCUCUUCGCUGAUCCGGUUAAAAAGGCUUGUGGUGUGGCCCAUUCUGGAUGGAAAGGAACCUUGUUAGGAGUAGCCAUGGCUACAAUCAGGGCUAUGCUGACAGAAUACGGCUGCAACCUGGAGGAUAUUCUGGUGGUCUUGGGCCCUUCUAUCGGACCCUGCUGCUUUACACUUCCCAAGGAAUCGGCAGAGGCAUUUCACAGUCUCGAUCCAAAAUGCGUACGACUCUUUGACUCUCCCAAUCCCUAUGUGGACAUUCGGAGGGCCACUAAAGUUCUUCUAGAACGUGGGGGAAUUCUUCCUCAAAAUAUUCAUGGUGAUUCCAGCAUCCACAAGGACCAGGAUUUCACUCUCUGUACGUCAUGUAACCCUGACAAGUUUUUCUCCCACGUCCGCGAUGGCCUUAAUUUUGGGACACAGAUCGGCUUCAUAUCAGUCAGAGACUGAGGAGCCGUUUGGAGAAGCCCAGUGAAAAGAAUACAGAGACCUGAGAUCAGCAGCCCAUAUUUCAGAGAGGCUGAAGACUGAGAACUUGGUGCCGGAGAGAAUUUCUGGCACUCUGAACAGCCAUUUGGUGGUGGCAGCAGCUGCAAACUUUCAAGCUUUCAAGCAAACGAUCGAUCAAAUAAUCCACCGAGCACUUACUAUGUGAGAAGCAGCAUGGCCCAGUGUGUAGAGCACGGGGCUGGGAGGCUGAGAC